UCCCAAGCAAAUAACAGACUCUCAUAACUACUCCCUACAAAGGUCCAACGGGAGUUACUCAACAAACUCCUUCCAUUUCCUCCUUAGAGCUUGUUUUGAAUUCUAAUCUAAAAGUUAUUAUGGAAACCACAGGAAUCAUGUGUAGCUCUGGCCGUGGAUGUUUCGUGCCCGAAGCAUCCGCCGUAUCAGCUCAGCGUUCACUUGCUGUUUUGCCUCCACCUUCUAUUUCAAGAUCAUUCAAGCCAUUUAAAUCAAGUUCUAUCUUUGGUGAAUCUUUACGUACCGUGGCCAAAUCAUCUGCAAAGCUUUUGAAGGCCAAGGCUUCAACUUCACCUGUCACCAAAUGUGAACUCGGGGAUAGUUUGGAAGAGUUUUUGGCCAAAGCAACACCAGACAAGAAUUUGAUUAGAGUGAUGAUGUGCAUGGGGGAAGCCAUCAGAACUAUCGCCUUCAAAGUCAGGACUGCCUCUUGUGGUGGAACAGCCUGUGUGAACUCCUUUGGUGAUGAACAACUUGCAGUUGAUAUGCUCGCAGAUAAGUUGCUUUUUGAUGCCUUGACUCAUUCUCACUUCUGCAAAUACGCUUGCUCUGAGGAAGUUCCUGAGCUUCAGGAUAUGGGAGGCCCAACUGAAGGAGGAUUCAGUGUUGCUUUUGAUCCACUUGACGGUUCUAGCAUUGUCGACACCAAUUUCACAGUAGGUACCAUCUUUGGAGUUUGGCCUGGAGAUAAGCUAACAGGUGUAACUGGAAGAGAUCAAGUUGCAGCUGCAAUGGGUAUCUACGGUCCCCGAACAACUUAUGUUAUUGCCAUCAAAGGUUUCCCAGGGACCCAUGAAUUCCUUCUUCUCGAUGAAGGUAAAUGGCAACAUGUCAAAGAAACCACAGAAAUCAAUGAAGGAAAAAUGUUCUCCCCCGGAAAUUUGAGAGCCACAUUCGACAACGCUAACUAUGAUAAGCUUGUCAAUUACUAUGUUAGAGAGAAGUACACAUUGCGAUACACCGGAGGAAUGGUUCCUGACGUUAACCAGAUUAUUGUGAAAGAGAAGGGUGUAUUCACAAAUGUGAUAUCCCCAACUUCAAAAGCCAAGUUGAGGUUAUUAUUCGAGGUAGCUCCAUUGGGUUUAUUAGUUGAAAAUGCUGGUGGAUACAGUAGUGAUGGAUACAUAUCAGUUCUAGAUAAGGAGAUUACUGCUCUUGAUGAAAGAACUCAAGUUGCCUACGGAUCAAAGAAUGAGAUUAUCCGGUUCGAAGAAACUAUGUAUGGAAAAUCUAGGCUGGCUGGUACCCCUGUUGGAGCUACUGCUUAAAUGUUUUUUUUUUAAGUAAUUGAUUUGCAAGGUUAUUUUUCAUAAACGCGAACUGAAUUUUGCAUUUCACAUUUAUAUACUACGUUGAGAGAUUCAUAGUUUCAAAUUACAAUGUCGGAAUGGAGAUGUACUGAGAAUCUGAGAUGAUGCAAAAACAAGCAAAGAACUUGCUGUUUCUGUUU